AUGGAGGGAGAAGGCGUAAAAGGUUUGGCAUGCCCGAAGACUAUGGAUGGGAAGGCGAGUAAUGGGAAUGGUUUGGAGAAGACUGUGCCUUCUUGUUGCCUCAAGGCCAUGGCUUGCUUACCAGAGGAUGAUGCUAAGUGCCACUCCACUGUUGUCUCUGGAUGGUUCUCGGAGCCUCACCCUCGUUCCGGGAAAAGAGGCAAAGCAGUGUAUUUUAAUAACCCUAUGUGGCCAGGAGAAGCACACUCGCUGAAAGUUGAGAAAGUUCUGUUCAAGGACAAGUCAGACUAUCAGGAAGUCCUAGUGUUUGAGUCAGCUACCUACGGGAAAGUGCUUGUUCUAGAUGGCAUUGUACAGCUGACUGAGAAAGAUGAAUUUGCAUAUCAGGAGAUGAUAGCCCAUCUGCCUCUAUGCUCUACACCUUCACCUAAAAAUGUUCUGGUUGUUGGUGGAGGUGAUGGUGGUGUUCUCAGGGAGAUUUCUCGCCAUAGCUCUGUUGAGGUUAUUGACAUUUGUGAGAUAGACAAGAUGGUUAUAGAUGUGUCUAAGAAGUUCUUCCCCGAGUUAGCAGUUGGAUUUGAGGAUCCUCGUGUUCAACUUCACAUUGGUGAUGCUGUUGAGUUCCUUCGUAAAUCCCCUGAAGGGAAGUACGAUGCCAUUAUUGUCGACUCUUCAGAUCCUGUUGGUCCUGCCCAAGCGCUUGUUGAGAAGCCUUUCUUUGAAACUUUGGCUAGAGCAUUGAAGCCUGGAGGAAUUCUCUGUAACAUGGCGGAAAGUAUGUGGCUACACACUCAUCUUAUUGAGGACAUGAUCUCGAUUUGCCGCCAAACAUUCAAAAACGUUCAAUAUGCGUGGAGCAGCGUCCCAACAUAUCCAAGCGGCACGAUUGGUUUCGUCCUGUGCUCUACGGAAGGACCGGCUGUUGAUUUCAAGAACCCUAUUAACCCAAUUGAGAAACUAGACGGUGCCAUGACCCAUAAAAGAGAAAUGAAGUUUUAUAACUCGGAUAUGCACAGAGCUGCUUUCGCUUUGCCUACAUUUCUGAGGAGAGAAGUUGCUUCACUUCUAGCUUCUUGA